AUGAUUGGUACAUUAGGUCUUAAGUCCGUUGCUUUGAGAAGCGGAUCUCUCAAUGCUGUGAGAUACUUCAGAACCGUUGCCCCAGCAUGUUCUGAAUACGUGAAACAAGGGAAAGAUGCCGACCCUUUGUUGGGCGGUUAUCCACCUAUCCAAACUGAUUUAUAUUUCAACAGAGACCCAUACAAGAAGUAUGACGAUCAACAAAAUAGAAGAAACUUUGACGAACCAUUGGAUCCAGAAGAUGAUAUGAAAAACAUGUGGUCUCCAGAUUAUUAUCAACCAGUCAGUGACUUGACUGCUUUGAAAUACAAUGGUAUUUUCUUUGGAUCCUUGAUCACCAUCGGUACCGUCCUCUAUUUUUUCUUCUAUCCUGAGAAACCAGCCGUCCCAAGAAACUACCCACAUGGUGGUUUGGCUAAAGCAUUGGGUGCCGGUAAUGAAGAAGAAGCCAAGUUCUUACACGCCAGAGUGGAUAAGACUGCCUAA